AUGUGUACGGUAUAGAGCGCAGUCACACGGAGGCGGAGCACGGAUGCUUCACGGCCAAAGAUGCGAGUGUCAAACAGCAGGUGGAGACUGACUGCUGAAGGAAUAACCAUACGAGAGCCGUCCAUAGAAUCUAAAACACAUUUGAUGAGGAAGAGGGGAGAUAUCAAUGGCCUGAUCCGCCCUGAAUGAGUGGGCCCUAAUAGCGUGAACCAUGGUGGACCCAUUGGAACCUGAUGACCAGAGUAAAUUCAGAGGGGCCAAGUUUGAAAGCCCCGCUGCAGCCUCUGAAGCACCAUGUCUACCUGAGCCAGGUGAUGAUAGAGAGAAAGAUAUUAGUGUGGAUUCCAGCCCACAGACAGAGCCCAGUAAUGAACCUGAACUGAGCUCUCAAGAACCAUGCCAGCAGCAAAACAGUCAACCAGAAGAGUUAAAACUACACUUGGACCUUUACAAUUUUGACUCACCAGCUGCAGAAGGCAGUCGGUAUGUACUGACAAGCCCUCGCUCUCUUGAGGCAUGCGCACGAUGUGGACUGAAACCUGUGGAGCUUCUGCCUCGUCCACUGUCUGAUUUUGCCCGUGAAGCACCCGGCCGGAGUAUGCGUGUCGCGACAGGAAUGUUUGAGAUAUAUGAGCGUGAUAGACAUGCUAAACUCCGACACUGCAGAGAAGAGAGAGAGCGGAUUAUCAGAGAGGAGAAGAGGCGAAUUUUGCAGGCAGCUCUGAACAAUAAUGCUGGUCCACUGGCUUCAGAGAAGUCAAAGGAAACUAUAAAUGUUGGAUUGUCUCAAGAAACCAAUAUCAGUUUAACAAAUCCAUCCCCCAAAAUAACACCUACUUGCAGCGGUUCACCCCCAAAACAAUCUACUUUAACAGUCCCUAAAAGCACAACAGCAGUGUCAGGACAAGUUACUACAGUGUCCAGAUCCAGCUCUCUUUCCAUCUCAAAAGCCAGUCCAGUGAACUCUGCUCCUACUGCUAAAGGAACUUCUGCAAAAAAGUCUAAGCCCCUUGAAGUAGAAUCUGUGGGAAAACUUCAAGGUCCAGAACCUUCAAUAAUCCAACGAUCGAUUCAGUCAGCUCCAGGAAGUCAGGGCUCAAAACAAUCUGCCAGUGCUCAUAGAAAGGCUCCAAACACUUUUCCCAGAUCAAUACCAAAACCUUCUUCGUUUCCAAGGACACCAAGCUCACUUGCCCCGAAAGUGUCAAAAUCUGCUGUCCAAAGCCCUGCCAAUGGCAUUACAAGUACGUUUGCACAGCAUAACGGGCACAUCAUCUCCAAAUCAAAGGCUAGAUGCAGAAGCCACUCACUGGAGUCUUUGCAACGGAGGCGUGACACGUUUUGUUCCUCUUCUGCUUCAACAACAAACACUACAACCACCACAUGUACCUCCUCUGAAUCUGCUUCCUCAUCCUACAGCUGGGAUGGGCCAAGAGAUCACUGGGCUAAGACAUCAAGCCCUCGUGCCCGCACUUUAGCUACCUUUAACUCCCUGAUGGGUCGUAGUUUGAGCUUGGGAGACCUAAGCCAUUCUCCACAGACUAUGCAAAAAGUGGAGCGCAUUGUGAAAGAAGUGAAAAGGCGAGGACUUAAAGCUGUUCCAGAGCGUGACCGAAAGAUUGCUGCACUAAUGCUAGCCAGGUACCAAGAGGAGGACAUAAUGAGCCAGACACGCUAUGUAGCACACCUGCAAUGGGACAGUGAGCGGCGAAUAGAGGAGCUACGACGGGAACGGGAAGAGCGAGAGAAACAGAGAGCUGUGCAGCAGUGCCAGCGUGCAUGGCAGUCACAGGUUUCUACCAGGCAGCGCUGGCUUAACCAGCAAGAGCGUGAGGCUGCAGAAGCAAAACUUCGCCAAGCAUUGGAAAAUGAGGAGCGCUGGAAAGACUUGGCCGAGCAACAAGAACGUAGCCGGUUGCAGAAACUGCAACAGGCCGCUCGUGAGGAAAAACACAAGAAGGCGUUACAAGAGCAGAACCUUAAAGCUCUUGAGGAGGAGCGAACUGCUAUUCUUGAGCAAGAGAAGCUGCUCCUUAAGGAGAAACUGACCAUCGCUGAGCUGAAGCGACAGGAGCGAGAGCACCAAAUUCAAGAGGAGCGUCGUGGACUCAACCGUGCCGAGAAGAGGCGCCAUGCAGCUCUUAUUCAAGAGAUUGCACGUCGAGAAGUGGAUGAGCGUGAAGAAGCACGGAGAAUAGCUGAAGAGAAGCUAAGUAGGUCUUUGGAGAACUAUGAGCAGAUACAAGAAAAACGUGGGCAAGAGAUAAAGGAGAAAGCUAAGCGAGAAGAGAAGCAGAUACAGAAAGCAAGACGGGCCGCUGAGCUACGUGAGCAACAGCAGAAGGAACAGAUGGAGGCAAAGGCUAGGGAAGCCGAAAAACGAGCACAACAAGCCGCUCAAGUAGCUGAAGAGCGGGCACGGGAGAAGGCCAAACGAGUGGUGCAAAGCCGACAGGAAAAAGAAAGACUCCAAAGGCUUAACCGUCAACGCGUAGAAGAGGAGGAGAAACAGCGCCGCCUAGAACUGUUGCAGUCCAUUGAGCGCAAACUGGAAAAAAGUGAACAAAUUUUCAGAGAAAAACGUGCUGUGUUGGAAAGUGCCCGAUCUGUGGCGCGUGCAUCUUUCCACGUGCGGGAUCGUGUUCGUGAAGAGACAAACAUGCGCACCUUUGACAAGAUGGCCCUGGAGGCUCAGUUAAAAGCAAAUAUAGUUGAGAAGUUUGGGAGUGGAGAAGAUGAUGAUGUUGACAUCUGUGGCCUGAUUCAGUAAAAAUAACCCCCAAGAGACUGGAGGUUUCACUUUGAUCACAGAUCCUUAUUCGCUUUCUGGCAGUGACUCAGCUAGGCAUGAAGUAAUUGGAAGGUUUAAUAAACACUGAAGCCAUUUUAAUUCCAGCAUAUCCAGAUGGCACAUCGACAUCACUUUUAAAAUCAUAAAAGCCCAAAGAAACAAUUUCAUCUUUAUACAUUAUUGUAUCAUGAGUUACAUUUAAAUGGAAGCGGAAUCGUGUUGAAUAAUAAUCAAGCUAAUAAUCAUGAAUAUGGACAAAAAGGAUUCUGAAUGUAAUUCAUAACAAAGCUUCUUAGGGCUAAUGACAAAGCAAGUGUUAAUUGCAUAUUAGUAAAUAACAGAUUGUUUCAUUAAAAUAGCCAUUUCUGCAUAUCAAUUUUGUUGCAGUGAACUUUGACAGCAGUGAAAUGAACAUGAUUGUAGCAUUUUAUGUGUAAAAGUAUAUCUCAUCAAAUUAUUUUUUUUUAAUUCUAAUGAAAAUAUGCUUUAUGUAGGGUGCAGGUCCUGUAUUACUAGUUUAUUAUUAAGUGACAUGCAGGGAGAUUCUUUACUUGAGAAACAACAAUUCAGUUUUUGAAAAGGACAUACUAUAUUUAAAUAAAUAAAUACAAAGUCAGAAUUAUUAUGUUGUUUUAUGCUUCUGGACAUAACAAUUUUAUAUGAUUUUACAAGUUUUUUUUCACAAUUACAUAUUUUG